AUGAAGGGUGCAAUCCAGGGUUUGGUUUUAAUCUCUCUCCUGAUAGCAGUCUCUGACGUAAAAGGUGAAGAGAAUUUUAUGAAGCUUUGUGGGAGAGAAUUCAUAAGAGCUGUCGUCUUCACAUGUGGGGGAUCCCGAUGGAGAAGGCAUCUGAUUUACGAUCCACAGGAUCUAUUUGAAGACAGAAAAAGUCACCUGCAUUUGCCACGUGAAAACAGUGAUUCAACAGAACCCUUGGAAUAUGGCAUUCAGAAUCUAGAACCCAUGAGGGAAGAAACCCUUAACAACAAACCCCAGUCUCAGAGAGACUUAAGAGGCACCAGGCAAAAGUCUAUACAAGAAAGACGGGAAGUGGUUUCGCUGCUUACUACAUCCUGCUGCAGCAUCGGCUGCAGCGAAAAAGAUAUAAGUUCACUGUGCUAA